AUGAGCACCAUUAGCAUUACACCAAGUGGGCUCGAGGUCCACCAAAAAUACGAUGCUGGUCUCUCGCUUCACAAUUCGACUUGCUAUUCAAUUGCACCGAAACAAAAAAAGCUGUCAAUGAAGCUACACAUGAUUAUCCAGCAUCUCUGUGUUCUGAGUCUCCUUGUCGAUUUCUAUAAGUCAGAGGGGAAAAACAAGAAUAAAAACCAACAGUUGGCUACCAAGGUUCAAGAAGAAGAUUUACCCUUACCGUCCACGGGCGAAAUUAGUGCGGCUACUCGACACUAUAACGCUGGAGCCAAUAGCGCCCUCAAUGUCGUGCUACUAUUCCCGGGGAAGCACAGACACUGUCAGUGGUGGAUUUUCUACUGUCCAACACAGGAACCGUUUGGAUCAGAAGCGCCGAGCAUCGGCGAUAAGCGGGCCGGCUCGCCAGGCUCUGGCAAUCAAUCUGGCCGGAAGAAAAAGGGAUCUGGCCGGGAAAACAAUGCCCGGGGCAAUGGCAAAGGCGGCAAGGGAAAUGGAGAAAACCCCGGCAAAAAGAAAAGAGGAUUUGGCCCCGACCAGCCUUUUACCAAGAAGCUUGCUUGUCUGUUCUUCAAGCUUGAUCCGCGAAAAUACCAAUGCUGCGCUGGAUACAAAAUAACCGAAUGGGAUCGUCUUUUGCAACACCUCAAACGGCAGCACCUCAUCGAAGGAGAGCAUUGCCCCAAAUGCCGCGAAGACUUCUGUGGCGAGGACGCUGAGACCGAAAAGAACGAGCACAUCCGCCAAGAUACUUGUAUCAAAGAAACCGCUCUGGAAACCGGGCUACUUCUUGAACCUGAGUAUGAAGCCCUUAACGGGUUGCAUGGUUCUCAUGAAGAAAAAUGGUACGAAGCAUGGAAGAAGCUGUUUGGAGAACAGACAGCUCCCUAUUCGCCCUAUUUCGAAACUGUGAACUGUAUGCUGGAAGUGCAACAGAGUACUAUGGAGAGAGAGCUGCCAACUAUUUUAGAGUCGUUCCGUUGCGGUACAUUAGCUAGAUCGGAAGCUAUUGGCGAUAUACUAAGGCUGUUACGAAACCCGAUUACUACCACCAAUCAACAGGUACAUGAAGAACCCCAAGCUGUGUUGGCGCCUUGGACGCCCGCACAAAUUUUGGUCCCAGAUACCCCACCUAUUCAGGAUCCAGAGACCUGGCCAUAUACUGGAAAUUUACCAGGUCCACCAUACAUGCCAGGCAUGGAAACGGGACAUAUUGAAGACGUAUUGCAUGGAAUGCUUUGGCCUCAGCCCUUGGAAGAACCUCGAGUAUCAUUUGAUGAGGAGGAAAUUUUUCGUCAGUUGACGCAUUACCCAGAUGACGGACCUUAUUUUGGAGAGCUUGGCAACAGUGGACAUACUUAA